AUGGCGUCUACAUCUACUUCAUCAUUCGAUUAUGCUUCACAACAAGUUGCUAUUUAUUUAAAUGGAUUCAAUCUUAUUAUUGGUAUUCCUGGUGGAUUUCUCAAUAUUCUUGUAUUUCUCAGUUUAAAAACAUUUCGAGAAAAUACAUGUUCAUUCUAUUUAAUUAUUGUAUCUUGUUUAAAUGUUGGUCAAUUAUUGCUAGGAGCACUUUCACGUUUUGUUAUCUCUGGAUUUUCUAUUGAUUGGACAAUCAUGUCAAGACCUUAUUGUAAACUUCGAAUUUAUCUUUUUCAAACAUUUUCAUUAAUAACACUUACAUGUAUGUGUUUAGCUACAAUAGAUCAAUACUUUGCAACUUGUAAACGUGUACGUUGGCAAAAAUGGAGUAAUAUAACAACAACUCGAUAUUUAACUGCAAUAACUAUUAUAUUUUGGUCAAUUUUCUCAAUUCUUUAUCCAAUAUAUUAUGAUAUUGUUCUUUCAUUAACUACAAACAAACUUAGUUGUAUGAAUACAAAUCCUACUUUUGAUCGAUAUAAUACUAAUUUUCAUCAAAUUAUAAUGCAAGGAUUUCUACCUAAUUUUCUUACAGCAUUAUUUGGAAUUUUAGCAUAUUAUAAUACAAAAAAUAUAGCUUAUCGGAUUGUACCUCUCGUCCGACGUGAAUUAGACAAACAAUUAACAAGCAUGCUUCUUGUUCAAGUUAUUUUUAAUACUUUUUCUCUUCUAUGUUAUAAUAUAGUAAGUAUCAUGGGACCAUAUAUAAAUACAAGUAAAGAUCCUGUUGUAUUAGCCAAAUUCAGAUUGGUACAAAUUAUAAGUUACUCAAUAUAUUAUUUUUAUCCGGCAUGUCCAUUUUAUAUAUACGUUUGUGUAUCUGAACGAUUUCGUCGACAGUUAACUUAUGUUCUUUUCGUCAAGGUUUUUAAACAUUGUAAACGGUUACAAUUAGCUGCAAAUGAAGUAGAACCACAACCAUAA